GGGUUUUGGAGAGAUUUGAGACAAUGUGUAUCGCUCGGCCUGUUCCACGGACUGUAACCGUAUUCGCAGCUUGGUGUCUCGGAUCGUUUCGUGUCGUGUUGGAGCGUUUUUGCAUGUAAACAAAACAGACCGAGAAACGCUUGAUAGCUGAACGUUAGCUGUCCAAGUCGUUCGUUAGACGUGUUUUAUGUAGAUUUUCACGACCGCACAACACACACACAUCACCAUCAAAUGUCAUAAGUUAUUGAACUGUUCGGUUAAUUAAUGGCCUGGAGGAAUUAUACAAAGCUACGAAAUGCUAAGCUAAUUCAGCUAAGAUAUGAUAUAAACACAGGCCUCGCGCUGAAGUUGAACUUCUAAACGGACUUUAUAACUUGUUAGCUUUGCGCCAGGGCCGCACUUCCAGGGCCGUUUUGGAUGAGGAAGUGAACCGAACACAGACAACCCAGGAUAAAGGAACCCAUUUGAUGGGCCAAUCCUCUUUCCUGAACUCCUGGGGCAAAAUCUGAGCAGUGAUCAUGGACGAACAGGAGGUUUUGAACUCGAUCAUGCAGGAUCUGGCUGAACUGCAGCGCUCCAACCGGUCAGCCAUGCCUGAUAUGGGAAAACCUAAAGCCUCAUCCCCCAAGAACCAGAAUGAUGUUCGGGUGAAGUUUGAGUACCGAGGAGAGAAGAGGAUCCUGCAGUUUCCCCGACCUCUCAGGCUGGACGAUCUAAGCGCCAAAGCUAAAGUGGCAUUUGGUCAAACGAUGGACCUGCACUACACCAAUAAUGAGCUGAUCAUUCCUUUGAGCACCCAAGAUGAUCUGGAUAAAGCUGUGGAGCUGCUGGAUCGCUCUGUUCACAUGAAGAGUCUGAAGAUACUGCUGGUGCUUCCAGCAUCUUCUCAGAACUCUCUCUCCGGUAUGAAUAUGUUGCUGACUCACGAGCAUCUGGACAACACAGACAGGAAGAACAUGCUGGCCCUUUUAGGAUCUCAAUCAACAGACCGCAGCUCUCCUCCUCCAGGCUACAUCCCUGAUGCUCUGCAGCAGGUGGCCAGAAAUGGCUCAUUCACCAGCAUCAACAGCGAGGGAGAGUUCAUCCCUGAGAGCAUGGACCAGAUGCUGGAUCCACUGUCCAUGAGCAGUCCUGAGAAUUCAGCAUCAGGCAGUUGUCCUUCAUUAGAUAGUCCUCUUGACAGUGAUAGCUAUCCUAAAUCACGCAUGCCUCGAGCUCAGAGUUACCCAGACAACCAUCAGGACUUUACGGAAUGUGACAUUCCAGUGUUUGAGAAGUCAGGGAAAGGUGGUACAUAUCCACGGAGGUACCCCAUUCCCUUUGGUCUGCAGGACUAUAGUGAUGGCCGUAAGACAUUUCCUCGAGCACGGCGAACACAGGGCCACGGCUUCCGCUCACCCAUGAGCUUCAGCCCGACAGACCAGAGCCCGAGCACCAGCAGCGGAAGCAGCAUCUUCUCGCCUGAACUGGAAGAACCAGGUCGUCGGCGCCGUGGCAGCGACAUCGAACCCAACCCUAGCACCAACCCAACACUCUCUGUCAUGGACAUCAGCCCGCCCAGUCGCUCUCCUCGUGCCCCCACAAACUGGCGCCUGGGAAAGCUGCUGGGUCAGGGAGGAUUUGGUCGAGUCUUCCUCUGUUACGAUGCUGACACGGGCAGAGAACUCGCCGUCAAGCAGGUUCAGUUUGACCCAGACAGCCCAGAGACCAGCAAGGAGGUGAGUGCGUUGGAGUGUGAGAUCCAGCUCCUGAAAAAUCUUUUUCAUGAACGCAUAGUCCAGUACUAUGGCUGCCUGCGGGAUACUCAUGAAAGAACUCUCUCUAUCUUCAUGGAGUACAUGCCAGGGGGGUCAAUUAAAGACCAACUCAAGUCUUAUGGCGCGCUGACAGAAAACGUCACGCGUAAAUACACACGGCAGAUCUUGGAAGGAGUGUGUUACCUGCACAGCAACAUGAUCGUACACAGAGACAUCAAAGGUGCCAACAUCCUGAGAGAUUCAGCUGGGAACGUGAAGUUAGGCGACUUCGGGGCGAGUCGUCGGCUGCAGACCAUCUGUCUGUCAGGAACGGGUAUAAAGUCAGUGACAGGAACGCCAUACUGGAUGAGCCCAGAGGUCAUUAGUGGAGAAGGCUAUGGAAGGAAAGCUGAUAUAUGGAGUGUUGGCUGCACUGUAGUUGAAAUGCUAACCCAGCGUCCUCCUUGGGCAGAGUUCGAGGCUAUGGCGGCCAUCUUUAAGAUCGCAACCCAACCAACCAACCCUACACUCCCAGUUCAUGUGUCUGACCACUGCCGCGACUUCCUUAAACGCAUUUUUGUGGAAACAAAACAACGGCCAGCUGCUGAGGACUUAUUACGGCAUCUGUUUGUUCACUAACCCCUCGCCCUCGAUCACUGAAUGAUUAGAGACAACCCUAAGUGUCUGCCCUUUUUUUACACUUCGCCCAGCCUGCUGUAAAGCUCUCCCAUUGGACCAGAGAGAAUGGGGAUAUAGCUUAGCAGAAAGGGGCUUAACACCUCUGUUGGUGGAGGAUAGCAUUUGGGAGCAGCUUGAUUCCGUAUGAAAACAUUGCACCUUAAUUUCACUCAGGGGUAAGUACCCCUAAAGACUAAAGGAGUUUUGUUAUUGUUGAUUUUUUUCUUUCUUAUGAGUUAUGCGAAUUUGGACUAGGAGACUAAUCUCCAGGCGAUCUCGUCAGCUUCUAUGCUCAUGGGAUGAAUCUGAGAGGCUAUCUCUUUCCAACACGACCCAGAAUGUACUGUUAAGCCCAGGAGUGGGCUGGUGUGCCAUCAAGCUGCUAAAAAAAAACAAAACAAAAAAAAAACCAGGCAAAUCAAUGGGGGAAAAAAAACAGACCACAGGGUGUUGGGACUCCAGCUUUACUCCUGUAAGUUCUCAUUCUCUUGCACAGUUAGUACAGACCACAGACACACAAUCACACUUUCAUCAACAUCUAUACUGUAGAUUUUCCCACUCACUAUGCUGUACAAAUAUUAGUUUUUGCUGUAUCGCCGUCUCCUUCUCCACGCUCACGGUUUAUCAGACAGUGCCACUAUUUUUGAGCUGUAGGGUGAAGCAGGAUAGUGAUUAAUUUUUUCACGCACAAUCAACGUUGCUUUUUUGCUUUGUGCCUUUUGGGUAUGUGGAAACAGUUUUGUGAGCCUGUGCUCCCACACCAAGCGAUCACUCAGCUUCAGAUCUUUAAGUCUUGUCCUUUUCUCAUUCACUGCUUUAUUAUCAAACUGACUCCAGGUCAGUUCCUUAAGCACUCCUUUGCCUUCCCGUGACACAGUGCCGUAAUCUUCGGUGUAAGCCGAGGUCGUUUUGAAACACCUUUAUUGAUGAAAGCCAAAAUCCCAGAACUCACACCCUGGGGAUGGAGCCAAGUGACUAGAAUCGUGUCUUUUAAAGGAAAAAUCCACCCUGAAUGAAAAUUUUUUAAAAUUUUUAAGUAUUAAGACGUUUCGUUCUCACGAUUCUGUUGGACGUAACAUUUCCCUAAAGGUGGUCAGACAGAUGCGCUUCCAAAGCUUCAACCUUCAUGCUUUUACAACCAUUAGCACCAACACAUACGGCGUGAAUUAGCCGGCUAAGUAACUUCUGCCGUAGCGCAGCACAACCGAGUCAUAUUAUAGCUGCAGUGCAUUCUGUGGCUUUGUGUCCACUGUUUGCAGCAACAGCCCCUUUAUGUCUACGCUGAACAUGGCAGCAGAACGGUUAAUGAGGAACGAAGCUCUCACUUUUUCUUCAACCAGACCAUAAAUGUGACCUCAAAGAGCUGCAAAUCAGUACAAAUUUGGGUCUUUUAUGAUAAGAUAUUUCAAUAGAAACAUACUGUACGUAAUGAUGCUUCAGGGUGGAGUUUUCCUUUAACAGCAGAUCGAAUGUUAUUUAUUUGAAAUAGAUGAAUGACUGAAUCCACAACAGGUUUCUUUAGAUUACAAUUAAUCCAUAUGCAUUUAAUUGCCAUGUUGUUUGAAGCCAGAAGAAUUCUAUAGUAUUAUUUUUUAUUGAUUUUAUUAUUAUUUUUUUAACAGAACCAUGCAAUAUGAAGAAAAAAUAUGAAAAUUUUUAUUGUUGAUUUGUGUUUUUUUUUUCCAUUGUAAAGCAGACCUCAGAACACCCAACGUGAUUCAAGUUCUCAUUAAUACUCAACAGUACUUGACCAUAUUUUUUAUUUAUUUUAUUUCUUUUUUAACUGAAACUGACCUCAAAAUCCCGCAAAAGUCUUGAGACCGGUAUUAAUAUAUAUAUUUUUUUCAAUUAAUUUAGAAAUCAUCUUACGAUUGCUUGCACACACUACUGCAGCAUUAGUGUUUUUGCUUGCCUAUUGUUUGCAGACAUGUAAAUCAAUGUUUUGUCAGAUUAGUCCUUUAUAGGUUUGGCAUUUGCAUAACAAGUAUCUUUUCCUUUUCAUGUCCCAGGUCUUGGCAAAGCUCUUCAGCAUCAGUGUGUGUUUAACCCGUUUACAAGUGCGCUGAAUUUCCCUAAUGACUUCAGCCUUUUAACAAAGUACGAAAUCUGUUCAGUGUAACGAAGUGAUGUAUUGCCUGUUGACCGUGACCGAGCUGACCUGAGAUCAUCCUCAUGCAUGGAAAUCUGUGGCCAUGUUUACAUGCAGAUAUUUUCACUAAUCCAAACCAAUUAUUUAUCUAUUUAACUUAAACUCAACCCUCUGAUAAGUCUCCUUAUACGUGUGUGUUACAUGUAAUCUCAUCCAAAAUUUUUCUCGUCACAAUAAUGAGAACCUUUUAAGUUUAAUCAUAGUUGUUUUUUUUUUGUUUUGUUUUUUUCUCUCUCUCAUAUUUAGGUUGAAUAUUUUAUUUAUGUUAACAAUUGCAUGUAAACAUGGCCUUUUUAUCGAUAGUCUAUUUCCCCUUAAUAUACUGGUGUGUGUGUAUGUAAUGUGUAUAUACGCACACACACACAUACAAAACCUUGGACUUGAUGUGAAUGCACGGUAGAUAUUUUCUUUUUUAAUAACUUGUUGGUCGUAACAGUUAUUUAACUUAUUACAUCUGAAAGCUAAAUUUGAUGAGUUGCAUCAAUCGCUGCUGUUUUUAGUCACAUUUUUAGUCCUGUUAAAAGGAAAUGGCAGUGAAGUGACGGUGCGUGUUCACUCGCCGAUCUUUCAGUAGCUGUUUAUCGACUAUAAAAGCAGUACUGUAAGCCGUCACCUCAAAGCAGUUCUACUUACCUUAUGGCUUAGCACUAGGCUGCUGUUUUUUUUUGUGUUUGUGAAGGCUGUUGUAAUGAGUUUUAAAGCUGUAGAGACUCUGCUUUAAGUAGUUUGGAUUUUUUCUUCGGCACUGUAUAGCGUGGAUCCUGAAUGCUGCCAUCGUGUAGAUGGCACAGUAUUGAACAGAACCACAAGAAAAUAAAAAAGCUUCAACUCCGGUGCUUUUAAAAAGCCUCUGCAGAGCCGAUAAUGAUUAAAAUGCAACCGUUCCACUCCAAAUGAUGUUUACAGUUUUUGUACUCCAGAUUCUUCUGUUUACUGUUAGAGACUCAGAGCCUGUUGGUAGGUUGUUCGAAUUCAUUACAGUAAUUACGUUGAUGCCCUCAUUCAGGUUAAUGCAUGGUCAGGUACAAUCCAGAUGCCUCCACAUUCUUCCUCCUUUAGACCAGUAACUAUUGGUACGUUCCAGUUCUCUGAGCCAGGAGCACUUUUUUUUUUUUUUUUUUUAUUAUUGCUAUAUUGUGUUCCAUGUUGUGCUUAACCUAAUUGCAAGAUUCAGCUGAAAUGCAGUUUCACGAUUUCUGUUUAAAUUUACUCGACCUGAAAAGGAAAGAAUGCAUUAUUCAGUGUCUGUUAGUGUAUGCGGUGUGCAGGUGUUUGUAGCGUAUGUACGGUUGUACGACCGUCUGUCCUUUUCAUGUUGAAAUUUUUGCACAUUUUUCAGACCCUGAUUUGUACACUGAUUUAAUACUUUUGCCAGUGAAUGUUUGGCACAUCACGUGUGUAAGUGUGUGUAAGCUUUUGAUUGUAUGUCCAUACGAGCGGGGAACAGCAGGAUUCUCCGACACGACGUGGUAGAAAGAGCCGAGCUUGUGCAGGAAUGUACCGAUCGAACUACAGGUGGCACUGUUUGUGUUUUCUUGUAUUUCUGCAUUAUUGUGUGACUUGUUUAAAAUGCAACCUGCAGGAUCUAACAAGCCACCGCCAUGUUGUUUUUGUUGUUGUUACACUUUCAACACUUUCUAACAACUCAUUCCUAAUCACCAUCUAAGCUUCACUUAACUAACAGGACAGGCUUUCAAAAUGUAGAUGGUGUUUGUGCCACUUCUGCCACUCCUGAAUGCACUUUUUGUAUGGGUUUGUGUGUAUGUGUGUGUAUGUAUGUGUGUGUGUGUCAGGCUUUUUUCCGAUUUGAGUGUCGCCAGUGCAAAAAGCACUGUCCUCAAUGCCUUGUGCUUUUUGACUACACAACUGAAAAGAAAGUAAAUAAAUAAAUAAAUAAAACUAACCAAAAGGGGGGAAAAAAACAACCAAAAUAAAAAAUAUAUAAAUAAAUAAAAAGAUUUUCUCUUUUUGACAGAGUUCAAUUAUCAGGCUCAAAUCUCUUCUGUCUGCUUUGUCUAUGGUACGAGAAAGCCAUGUUUCUAAUUCAAUUUGGUUUGUGACCAAUACGCCUGUUUAUAUCAAAUCUGUAUAUCAGUGCUACGCAUAUUUUUUUUUUAUAUAUACAUAUAUAAAAAAUAUAUUUUAUUUUUUUCUUUUUUUAAAACUUGAGAUUAUAUGCAUGAUAGGCAUUCAAAUGGCCCAAUGAGGUUGUGAGCUGCUAUGAAAGCAGAGCUGAUUUGGACAAUUUGCUGGACAUCAUGAGAUUGCCUGUAAACAGCUGGCACUUUGUAUAGUGUUGCUAAUAAUGAAGAUAAUGAAAAUAAUAAAAAAAAUAUUUAUUUCA